CACUCGAGCGCGUUAGAACUUAGCUCUCAACCUGGCACAAAUUCAUUCACUGACAGGAUCGUUGGAAUUCAACCUUUCUCUCAAUUCAUUUUACUUUUUUUCUUGCCGCGAGAUCACUCGACGGAAUAUCGGGUUUGUUUUCAUCAAUUCUCAUCAACAACUGCGAAAAUCUAGUACACCCGACACCAAUCUUCAAAUCGGUUGCGCGCACAGGAUGCCUUACGAUCCGAACUGGGAAUUGGAAGGCUUGGGCGGCACUGAAGCCGACUUCAGGAGCUUUUCAUUUGAAGAUGAUGCGGACGGCAUGCGGGCCGAGGAGGCGGGAGAAGAGGAGCUGAGCGAUGAGGAGGAAGCAGAGGACAUGGAGGUCGACUUGCCUCGGCCACCUCAGAGUCAUCCUCCAGAGAAGGAUCCCGAUGUGACACCCAGACCUCGUUUGCCGUUCCCCGGAGCUGUUCCCACCGGGGGACUACCCCAUAUGGAAGUGGUCCUUCAUUCGAGCCGUAGGAGAGUCGACUUCUCCGCACCGCCCGAUGACCUUGCAGGCCAUCUCGACGAAACAGACCUGGUCACCUCAAACAUUAUACCCCGACCAAGGAGUAAACGGCCGGAAGAGAAGACGGAAAAGGCCCCAGCCGCCCCUCCCCCGAAGACACACCCGCCCGUCGCGGCCCCUCCGAUACCAACCGUCACACCUCAACCGAAAAAGCGCGGCCGCCCGUUUGGAUGGGGACUCGACUACGGCUCAUACUCAACACUGAGCGCAGGCUUUCCGCCCAGGUCAUCAACGCCGCGGCCGAAACCCAAGAAGCCGGCCAGCGAGCAGAAACAGAGGCGUCGCCCUAGGCGCAAACCCGCUCCCACCGCCCGCCAGAUUUACCUCAAGCUCAACCCACAGUUUUUUGCCUUCCGAUGCGAGUGGGAGAACUGUCCGGCGGAGCUCCAAAAUCAUGAGACACUCCGCAAACACCUCCUCAUCGUCCACGGCCGGCCCUCAACAAGAUCCUCAACAGCAACAGUCACACCGUCACCACCCGCCGCUGCAUUCUCAUCACAACCAGCCCCCGCACCAAUACAACCAGCCUUUUCCUGCAAAUGGUCCACCUGCACCGCCGUCCUCCGCACCCACGACUCGUUCAAAGCCCACAUCGAGAAAUUCCACCUCCUCCCCUACCACUGGCACGCAGGCGACGGCCCUCGAAACACCACCCCUUCUUCUUCUUCCCCCUCUACCACCACCACCACCGCCACCACCUCACCCCCGCAUAAACUCCCCUCAUACCUCUUCAACGCCCUCGGCGAGCAGGUGACGCCCUCGGUGCACGACCAGCAGCUCGAGACGGAGGACGACCGCAAGAAGCGGCAGGCGCGCAUCAACCGCGUGCUGCUGCUGCGGGACCGCAACGCGCCCGAGGAGCCGGGCUACACGGCCCGGGAGCUGGACAUCAUCGCGCAGGCGGUGGCCGAGAAGCGGGCGAGGCAGCGCAUGGGGAGUGGAGUUGGGCUAUGGGAACUGGGUUGCGGGUAUUGGGGGAUGUUGCACAGGGGGUUUGGAUGUUUGUUGAGUACAGUCACUGGCUGGGGAUUUCAGGCUGGUUUGAUGAGAGGUCGUUGGGUUCUGGGUAAUUGAGCCUUCUGAAUCUACCUUAAUCAGCUGGACAUGGACGUGCAGCAGUCAAGGGCAUACGGCAAUGGAACAUGGGCGUUGUUGAUUGGAGUAAGCUGCCAGCUGGACUGUUGGUAGCCAUAUUGAGAGGUGAUAUAGCACAUUAGGUGUUCUGCUACGGAGUCACAUCUAGAUGCUAGACUCAAGUUGACGCUGGAAAGUCAAAAGCACCCAUAUGAACAUUCAUGCCAACAUCGUCCCUUAGACGGGUAGCCCAGCAUGAGACAGGUCAUGACUGACUGACGGAGACAGGUAUAAAAAUCCGAUCUGCUUGUAUAGUAUCUGGAGGGGCCUCCUCGUGGUGUACUGUGUACGUAUUGGUGGAGGCCAUCGGCAACUCUGGCAUUCCAUUCCAGUUCCAUGCGG